GAUGCCCUCAUGUUUCCGAUAUUAUAAACUGUGCGCAUGUGUUUUUUAUGUGAACACUAUAUAUAAUACAAAUUUUCGUUUUAUGAAAAUGUAUUCUGUCCAAGGAGGUAUACAAAUAAGUUCUGUCCUACCGUCCCUAUCAAAAUCAAUGUAAAUUGGCAGCAAGUAGAUAGAUUAGAUUGAAUCGAAGAAACAAUAGGCUUACCGAUAGCGGCGAUAUGGAGACAUCAGACCAAUUUUUUAAUCAUUACAAAACACAUCCAAACAUACAUAAAAUAAAAGGAUCAAAGAUAGAAACAGGUCACAGAUGCGAAUCCUAUAAUAAUAAGUUCCGUAAAAAAUAUUUUUUUAAUAUACUUUUUUUCGAUCGGUAUUACAAGUUAACUUAUUUUAUCCUUAAGUUUUACAAGAAAACUCAAUAUUUUAAUUUAAUUUUUGAGGUUUUUCUCAGAGAGUACAUCUUUCCACUUUGUUUCGUUUUUAAUUCUAGAAGAGGGAAUUCUUUAAAGCAUCAGGAAUUCUUGUCAAAUAUCCAUGGAGGACCGGCUCCCAGCAUAUUUUUAUCUAUAACCAUGCUUGCUAAUAAUAAGUAUCUCGAACGUUCCAAUUGGAACCAUCGAGGUGUAAAAUCUCCCUGUUGGAACCAACAUUUAAAUCUAACUUACAAACUUUUUGAAUGAGUCCUCAAGCAGGGGUGGCGCCAGAGCAACAUUAUAAAACAUUAUGUAUUUUCUAAAUUUUAGUAGAAUCUACAAAAUCGAUUAAAUAAGCCUUUGAAACCCCCUGAAUUGUCAUAUUUCCCCUGGACCACAUUCGAAAUAUUUUAGAGACGCCCGAACAACCAAGCCCACUUUGUUCUCGUGGAGGACAUUAGUCUCCUUCGGGCAAAUAGUCUAGCUGCGCCACAAACUCCUGUAUCUCCUCAAGUUCACUUUCGCAAUAUAUUUUGAAGCCUGCCCUCUGUCGAAAAUGGAUCGCUGCUCUCUCUCUCUCUCUCUAGCUCUGUUUUCAUCGCGCAAUGAUGUUCAGCUGACUGAUGAGGGUUGAUUGAUUGGUAUUCGUCUGUGAUAAAAACAUUCCUGCUUCCUCGUUUUCUUUUUCACGAUGAUAACUGAAUUGGGGUAACUAGAGUUUGACCUAGGCGUAUAUAAUGUUUCACACUGUUAAUGCUUAUUUAAUUUGCUGAUAAAUAAAAAAUAAUCCUAGGCUAUUCGGCCUAAGCCCCUGUGGCCCCAGCUAAGCCGUCCUUGCACCUGGCGUUAAGAUGGCGAGUUGUGGGGGAAAUCCAUUUCUCUCGGACGAAAACGUAGGCCUAGGCCUAGAGGGAGUAAGUUCAAACCCUUUCGAAGAAGGUUCCACCACUAGACCUUGCCCAGCACAACCGCCCCCUAGACCUAGCCGACCACCGAGCCAACUAUUGCCUCCUUCCAGUCAGUUUCCAGCAUCAAGUCCAUUAACUCUAUCCAAUCCAAGUGAUCCAGGACAAGUUGGUGGUUUGUUUGGAGGACCAUCGAAUGAUGAUCAAGAUGAGUUCAGUGAGCGAUUUCUUACAUGUACAAUUUGUUUAGAGACCUACAAUGAAACACCAAAAUUGCUGCCUUGUAUGCAUUCCUUCUGCUGUGGUUGUAUACAAAAAUUGGCACAGGAUAAACGGAAGUUUGCCUGCCCUGUUUGCCGUAGAGAGGUUCAGGUCCCACGGCAAGGUGUCAGCGCUUUACCAAAUAACAUUUUUGUUCGUGAUCUUACAGAUUUCUUAUCAGAACAGCCAAAUCGGCCAAGAGUAAGUUCGACCGUACCUGCUUUAGAAUCUCACAGUGUAACGCAAAGACCAAGAGCCCGGACAAAUGAGCCAAAAAUAGAUCGUCAUGCCAGUGGAAAUAUAUUUCAGAGAGCUGCUCUUAGACUAAAGUUGCAGUUUUCUUCAAAGAAACGGCGGAAUUGUCAGUACCAUUCCGAGAAGGAAUUAAAAUAUUACUGCAGUACGUGCCAUAUUAUUGUCUGCAAGAAAUGUAUACGAUACGAACAUGAGGAUGGACACAUGAUAUUGAACUUGAGUUCAGCAGCUGAGGAUCGUCUACAUGCCAUUAAUUCAUUGAUGUUUGAAGCAGAAUCACGAGUCAGUCCUUUGGAGCAUGGACGUGAUGAGGUUAACGCACAACUUCAAAGCCUAAAAGAAAGGCACAUGAAAACCAAGUCAGAAAUAUGUGAUGCAUUUGAUAGCAUUAAAUUGUUUAUACAGCAACAAGAAACUGCAUGUUUGACAAAGUUAAACAUGCAGUAUCAACGCAAGCAAAGUCUUCUUUCAUCGCAGUUAAAUAACCUUGAUCUCAAGCUGUCUACUAUAAAAAGUGCCUGCACCUUCACGAAACGUACUGUCAACGACCUGCAAAAUGCUGACUAUGAAAUGGUGGCAAUGAGUUUCCAGCUGUCCGCUCGGAUUGAAGAGGUCCUGGCAAUGCAGACGCCAGACUUUAUCAAACCCGCAGCUGACGAUGUGCUAGAAGUGCAUCAGGACGUGGAGACUAUGAAUAGUGUCAGAAGUCUGAUUAAGGAGAUGGUGACAGUGCAAGAGAGUUAAGUAGAUAGUUGUUAGGCCAUGCAGGGUUUGAAUUUCCCCACAGCACUGACAGCAAUUGCUGUAGGAAGGGCCUUCCACCGCUGUUGUAAAUCCCAGACACUCGUCAGCAAGGUUUUUGCUGUCGAGUUUCCUGAUCCAGGCCUAGCAAUGGUUUAUAUAAUUACAUUUAUACAAGGCCUACGGUAUUCUUGAAACAUUUUACAAAGAUUGUUGCUUAUGGAGCGGUUUGAUAAAAUUCAAAACUUGUUUCUCAUCCCUUAUCUCUUUUGUUUGGGCCAUUAUGCAGGGUAAAACCACUGAUUUGUACUAUAAUAGCUGGAUUGCUCAUCGGCCAAUCAUUGUACUGAAAAAAUUGAAGCCACCGACGCCAUGUUGGAAACCCAAGUAAUGUAGGCCUACCUGUUUAGGUAAGUUUUUUUGGCAUUUGUUUAAAUUAUUGUUAAAGAUAACGAUUCUUGCAAUACUUUUUAAUAAUUAAUUUAAAUUUAACGUAAGGAUUUUUUUCAAAUCAUUUAACCACUUGAUGCGCCUGUUUAUGCAGUUUACAAAAGUGUUAUCGAAGUCGCAUUGUUAUAGUGAUAUCGAUCGGAUCAAUAACAAUGCAACUUUGCUUGCACUUUUUUAACUGCACAAACAGGCACGUUGAGUGAUUAGAGGUUGUGAAAAGAAUUUCAUAAAAUUAAAUUUUAUUAUUAUAUGUAUUGAAAUAAACGUAAUUUUUAACACUAAUUUAAACAAAUGAAUGUCAACAAAAACUUGACUGGCCAAUGGGUUCAUUAAAAGCAGCCAAUGAGCAAUCCAUCUAUUAUAGUGGAGAUCAGUGGCCAAUGAGCAAUCCAGCUAUUAUAGUGGAGAUCAAUGGCCAAUGAGCAAUCCAGCUAUUAUAGUAGAGAUCAGUGGCCAAUGAGCAAUCCAGCUAUUAUAGUAGAGAUCAGUGGCCAAUGAGCAA